AUGUCAUUGGAAGAACAAUAUCUUGAUGAACUUUUGCCAGAAGAAGAAGAAUCAAAGGACCAAGAAGUUUCAGAGGUUAGUGUGAGCACAUCAACACCUCCUCCCACCUUUUUAGAUCCGCAUGAUUUUGGACCUGCUACAAUCUUCUAUCGAAAAAAUGUAUCUAGACCACAAAUUUCUGAUAUCCGUGAAGUAACUAAGAAGCCGAUCGUUUCCAAGCAAGAACUCUCCACCCCAGUAGUCCAAAAAAUGUCAACUUUUCUUGGUGUAUUUUUGCCUAUUAUUGUCUUCUUGAUGGGUAUGACAUAUUGGAAUCGUGCUGGAAAACUUGUUGGAGACUGUGGUGUUGUAUAUUCCUUAGCUAUUAUAUGGGUUUCUAGUAUUAUUUCUGUAAUUUUAAUUUCAUCUCUGACGGCAAUGGCGACAAAUGGAGAGAUAACAGGUGGUGGUAUACACUAUGUUAUUUCUAGAACUAUUGGUCCCGAACUUGGCCGAUGUUUCACAAUAUUCCUUGAUAUGUCAACUUGUUUAAGUGCAGGUGCUGCAAUUAUCGGUUUGGCUGAAACAAUUGUUGACAUGUAUGAGCCAAAAUAUUUCACAAAGACCCAAAGAAAUGAUAUAAGAGUUAUAGGAUUCAUUAUUCUAAUUGCUGCUGUAUUUUUAUGUAGAUUCGUUGUUUAUUCUCUGCGUAUCACGGCUACAUCUCAUUUGAUUGGUUUUCUGUGUUUCUUAAUCGGUUGUUUCGUAAAGAAACCAGGCUCUAUUGAAGGAUUCAAUGGAGCAAGCAUAGCAAACUUUAAGAACAAUAGUCUUAGCACUAUGACCCUUCAUAAAUUUAUGGGUCAUAUUUAUGCAACUAUGCCAGGAUUUACCGCAUUAACAGGAUGUUUUGCAAAUGCUCAUAGACUUGAAAAACCUCCAAAGAUGAUCAAGAAAGGUUUGUGGAGUGCUUAUUUACUAUCAAUGUUAGUUUGGCAUAUAACAAUUAUAGUUUUAGGAUUUGUAGGUGAUAGAGAUUUCUUGAAAUCUGGAAUUGUAUCUCCUAUCAUACAAUUUAAUGUAAGCAAAUGGAUUGGAUUCAUAACAAUUGUUGUUUUCUGUGUUCAUCGAUCUGUUGCAAAUGUUGGCUAUGAAAAAUCAUUAUUAACUAAUUUAGCAAAAGACGAAUUAAUUCCAAAGCUUGAAUUCAACUACGAUUUAUGGAUUCCUUUGAUAAUUACAGCUAUCUUUGUUGGUAUUGGAAACUUAGAUUUUGCAGCUAAUAUAAAUACAAUCUUGUUCUUAACCAUGUCAUUUGUAAUUAAUUCUUCAGUGUUUGUAGCAAGUAAUUCUCAUAUUCCAGGUUGGAGACCGAAGACUAAGUUCUGGCAUCCAUAUAUAAGUUUAUUAGGUUUAUUCUUAACACUAUUUUUGCAAUUCAUGAUUAGCUGGCAAAGCUCAAUUAUUAAUUGGGUAAUAUUUUUAUCUUUGUUAUUCUAUAGCAUAUACAAAGGCUCUGAUAAGAAUUGGGGAUCAGUUUUACAAGCACAAGCAUUUUAUAGAGCAUAUACGCAUUGCCUGAAAACUCAGAGAAUUAAAAAUAAUCCAAAAUUAUUCAGAAUAAAUUUGCUAACAGUUGUAAAAGAGGAUGAAAAAUUUGAGUGGUGUGCACUUGGAUUUAUUAAACUUCUCAUAGGAAAUGAUGGAUUCUGUAUUGUAAAUCAGGUACUUUCAGAAGACAAAGGACUUAAAUAUGCAAUUGAUAGGAGAAACAAUUUGCAACAAUUUUAUGCAGACAAACAUCAAAUAUUCUAUGAUAUUACGAUCGCAAAAGGUCCUGUUGACGCACUUUACAAGCUGAUGCUUCUGAGUGGACUUGGUGCAUUCAGACCAAAUACAAUUUUCAUUGACAUGGAUGUUCGAUCAAGUGAUGAAAUUUAUUUCAUGACGAAUGAAGUCCUUGAAGCGCAUUUCAAUCUAAUUAUGGCAACAAGACCAUACUAUAUUAUUCGAGAUAGUGAAUAUAUCGAUGUUUAUUGGCUAUUUGAUGAUGGUGGUUUAACAUUGCUAGUCUCAUAUAUAGUAUCCAAAAGCCUUAACAAACGCCUUAGACUUAUUACAAUUGUAUAUUCAAAUAACGGCGAUACAUAUGCAAAAGCUGAAGAAAGAAGUCGUCAUCUACUUGAUAGAUUUAGAAUAGAAGCAGAAAUUAUAACUGUUGAACUCAAUGAGAAGAAAUAUCCGCCUUCAUUCAAAACAAGAUCUUAUUGGAAUGGAUUAACGAAAAAUAUGCAAUAUGAUCAAAAGCAUAAAAUAUUUUUGGUCUUUUCCGAUUUGAUCAAUAUGCAAAGUAGUGAUGCUGCACUUAUUAUAUGCACUCUCUUUGUUCCCUCACGACAAAUGACUUCAAAACUUUAUAAAAAAGUUUUGAAGCUGAUUUCGCAUGUCAAGCCUGCAUUCAUCUUUGUAAGAGGAAAUGGUGACAAUGUUUUGUCUUGGAAGGUUUAA